CAUAAAUGCAGCAUUCAGGAAUCGAGUAAGAUUCCUGCAGGGAAUUCCUCGCCGCACAAGAAUGCUCUUCGCCCGCGAGGGAUGGGGCUCCGAUGGCGAGGGGCCUCGAAAGGUGUAGAUUCAACCUUGAAUCCCUUCCUAUCAUUCGGGCCCCAUCCCUCCGGGUCCCACCUUCGAACCGCCGACCCUCGCUGUACAUGCAGCGGUUCGCGUUCUGGGACACGCAGCUCAACGCGAUCCUCGUCGACCGGACCUGGGCGUGCGCGGGGGAGCUCUCGUGGAACGCCGCCCUCGCGGCCGUCUUCCUGCGCCUGGACCGGGAGCUGACCGGGGGGACCGCGUGGGUGCGCGCGCUGACGGCGGCGAUGUUCCUGACGUACGUCGUGGCCGAGUGCAUGUCGUACUACAACACGGCGACGACGAACCAGCUGUGGGGCGCGGCGGAGGUCGCCACGGACGCCGCGUCGCAGCUCCUGCUGCUGCCCGCCGCGCUGCGCCUGCUUGCGGCGGUGCCGCGGGGGCGGCGGUGCGGGUCUGCUGGCGUCUUCCUCGCCAACCGCCGGCUCUCCCUCUUCGCGAUCGGCCUGUCGCUGUACAACUUCUGGGUGGGUGUCCCCAUGUACCUGCGGCGCUACCGCGAGGACCAGCGGCGCGGCAAGCGCUACCUGCCCUUCGCGGCGGGCCUCCGCGACGCGUGGUCGCGGCGGGUGCCCACGCGGGCGUACGAGGAUUGGCGCGGGGACAUCCGUGCAGUGGAUGGCGCUGUACUUCGUCGGCAACCCGCUCGCCUCCCUGCUCGUUGCCGCGUCGGCGCCGAGCGUCGGCGGGGGCGGCGGCCGCUGGGCGCCGGGCGUGGUCGAGGCCGCGCUGCUGUAGGCGGCCGCGGCGGCAGCUGCGGUGGCCGUUUUCGGGGCCGAGGUGCCCUCGGCUCGGGAGCCGGCCCUGGAAACGGAGUCGAAGUGCCAGCGGUCCGCUCCCUCGCACAGUGGUCCAUCAUAUUGCUCGCUGGUGGCGCUGAGAUGCCCUGCUGCUCUGGUCCGUGCGAAAGCCCUGAGAUCCGACGGCGCG